CUGCCAUUGGGAUGCUUCUCGCUAAUUUACAGCAUUAGUGGGAGCAGGAUGCGAUUCUUCCUCCUGAGCCCGGGCAGGGCUGUCCCCUGGUGCAGGCAGCCGUAAUUAUCCACAUUUAACUGAGGGCUUGUAAAAUCUAUUUGUCUAGCAGAAUGUGAGUGUAAUUGCUGGGAAUUAAAUAAGGAUGCAGUUGUGGCUGGAGCAGGACCUCGCCUGAGGAGAGCGCGGGAAGCUGUGUCCCGGGGGUGCUGCGGGGCUGGAUUUUGGGGGGUUCUGAGCAUCGCUGUGUCCCCAGCGCAGACCUUCCCUCCCUCGCUCGUGCUGGUCUGACUGGAGCAGAUGGAUGUGCUGACAGGAGCCUAGAGCCCAGCGCGAGCACCGCAGGAGGAGCUGGGCUGAACAAAAGAGCUCUGUUUGAUGUCUGAAUGCACAGGGGACUCCCCCUCCUCCUCCAACUCCCACCCCUUUUAUUUCGCUCCCGAGCCCUCUCUCCCUUCCUCCUCCCCUUCCUUUCUCUCUCCCGCUCCCGCUCUGGCUCACGCACACCCUUUGCAGACCGUGCGCUCAGUGCCAGUGUCUAAUGGCACCGAAGUGAACCGCGGAGCGCGGCUGCGGGCGCAGCGGCCUGCCGCAGAUGAACCUUCCUAACUAGCGCCGAGGGGUCGGGAGGGACGGCGAGGAGGGGAGAGCCCGAGGGGCCGGCCGGGAAGACGAGGAUAUAGCGCUGUGCGGAAGAGGACGGACCCGCGAGCAGCUUCACGGCUACCUGUCGACACAUGCUGUGCUCCAUGGCUAACUCGGGCUGCCUCCUUGUCUCCAACUCAGGCAUGCUUCCUCACUCUCUCCCCUGUCCUCCAGCCUUCCUCUACCUCCAACAGGGUAACCAGGACGCCACGGCUCCGCCGGACGCGAUGGCUCAGCCCUACCCCCCGGCCCAGUACCCCCCGCCCCCCCAGAACGGGAUCCCCGCAGAGUACGCACCGCCGCACCCGCACCCCACGCCGGACUACUCGGGGCAAAGCACAGUACCGGAGCACGCCAUGACCCUCUACACACCAGCACAGAGCCACGCCGAGCAGCCGGGCACCGACGCCAGCACACAGUCCAUAGCCGGGACACAGCCAGUACCGCAGACAGAUGAGGCGGCACAGACAGACAGCCAGCAGCUACACUCCACAGACACCACAGACAAGCAGCAGCCUAAGAGGUUACACGUCUCCAACAUCCCCUUCCGAUUCCGGGACCCCGACCUGCGGCAAAUGUUUGGGCAAUUCGGGAAGAUCCUGGAUGUGGAGAUCAUUUUCAAUGAGCGGGGCUCCAAGGGUUUUGGGUUUGUAACUUUUGAAACUAGCACAGAUGCCGACCGGGCACGGGAGAAGCUGAAUGGCACCAUCGUAGAGGGCCGGAAGAUUGAGGUGAACAACGCCACGGCCCGCGUCAUGACCAACAAGAAGGUUGCCAACCCCUACACCAACGGCUGGAAGCUGAACCCUGUGGUGGGAGCAGUCUACGGCCCCGAGUUCUACGCAGUAACGGGGUUCCCUUACCCCGCCACGGGGACGGCCGUGGCCUACCGAGGGGCACACUUACGGGGACGAGGACGCGCCGUCUACAACACGUUCCGUGCUGCACCGCCACCGCCACCCAUCCCCACCUAUGGCGCGGUCGUUUACCAGGACGGGUUCUAUGGAGCCGAGAUCUACGGGGGUUAUGCUGCCUACAGAUAUGCUCAGCCUGCGGCAGCGGCAGCAGCAUACAGUGACAGUUACGGCAGAGUGUAUGCAGCGGCAGACCCAUACCACCACACCAUCGGCCCCGCCACCACGUACAGCAUCGGCACCAUGGCUAGUCUAUACCGAGGAGGGUACAGCCGCUUCACUCCCUACUAGCAAGACAGACACAGCCCCUCCCACCACUAACACUGACCGCUCACUAGCACCAAACCAAACCAGGCAGCCAGAGCCGCGGCCGAGGCUCUGGAGGAACCGCGGGAUGCCUGGGCUGGGGCUGGGGCUCGGCCGGGCUCCCCUGAGCCACGGUGCCCACAAUCCAUAGGGUCACCUCAAGCUGCUCCAUCCCGCUGCCUGGCCGGGUCUCCUGCAUCAUCUGCCUCCCCCAUCGCAGCCCUCUGGGGCCAUGGGGCAGCUCCUGCCCCCGGCAUCCCUGGGGUCCAUGGGGAGCGGGGCCAGCCCUUGCCCCUGGCAGCACCCCAAGCCCAGAUCCUGGGGGGUUGUGGGGUCCUCAUGUGGCUUCACCCUGACCUGAGCCCCCAGCAGGCGCUGCUCUUGCUGGGGUGCAGAGGGCUCAUCCCCCGCGAGGCUGUGGGGAUGCUCAUGCAGGCGAGGGGGGCACAGUGCCGAUGGCAGCCCGGGGGGCAUAGGAAAGAGAGGAGCCAGCAGGGGCUGCUGCACGUUCUGGGGCUGAGCCGGGCUGGGACGCAGCACGGGGCUGAGGGGGCCGGGAUGGCAUCGGUGUGGCCCCGGCCAGGCUGCGCCGCGCGUGGCUCCGGUGAAAGACCUGCCUCUCUGUUUUUGUUGUAGUGAAACCGCGGCCGUUUCCUUCUGGGACCAGGAAGGGCAAAAAAAUCCACCCACACACCCAAAAAAAAAUGAAAAAUAAAAAAAAUCAAAAGCAAAGCAACAAAAAUAAAAAAUAAUAAUAAAAAAAAAGGCGAAGCGGCAGCAGCCACGUGAAAGCCCCAAACGUCCACACGCCCCGCGCGAGGAGUCCCGGCGGAGCCCGCGGCGAGCACGGACGGAUGCACGGACGCGCUGGAGGGGCCCCUCUCGCCCUGAGCCUGCGGCACGGAGGGGGAGCCAGCACGGGCCGAGCUGGGGUGUCCGGAGGGGCCUCACCGCCCGGGCGCAGCGCCUGGCACCAUGUCUUCCUUCAGCCCCGGCUCCGGGACUGUGCCGGGGUGGGAACCCGGCCUCAUGCUUCCCGAGCUGCCGGUCAUCAGCGUGUCGAGUGUGCGAGGCCUUGGCUCCCACGUGGAGCCACUUUGCUGAGGCGCUGGGCGUUGCAGGGGACCAGCCUCUGCCUUUUAAAGGGAACUUUUGUUAAGAGGAGCUUGCAACUCGCUUGUGAUCCCUUUCCCCCUCCCUUCAUCCCCUGGCACUCCCGGGGCUCCAACCCUGUGCUGAGCCGGGAUGGGAAUGCCCCGACCCUGUUCCCGCUCCCGCCUGCGGGACACGCUCCUGGCUCCUCGUCCCUGCCCAAGCCAGCAGGACCCUGCCAGCCCUCGGAGCGGGAUCUCGGCCAUUGAAUCGCCCAGGGCCGGGCUGGCACCACUCGUGGGGUCCAGCCCGAGCCCCGGGGUCAGUCUGCAGCAGCCGGUACACUGGGUCUGAGCCCACUCCAGGGUGCAGCCCCAUCCCGCCAGCCUUGCGCUCGGCCCCCUGCGGCACCACCACUCCUCAAACCUCACUUUAUAGUCUGCAGACACCCCGAUGCUCCAGCGACGAGCUCCCCCUUUUCUAUUCCCGGUGUACAUAGCCCUGGCCACCCCGGCCGUGCACCCCUGCCCUGUACAAAGCUCCUUCCAUCGCUGUACUGGCUUCUUCCUUACAGCAACCCCUGCGCUGGCCACCGGCGCGCAGGCUGGCACCGGCCCAUCCUGUAUGCUUCAAAGGUGUGACCAUUCUAAUAAACAGUAUUAUUAUUAUUAUUAUUA